AUGACAGAACGCGGGCAGCAGAAACAUCACUUUAUACCACGGUUUAUUCUGCGAAAGUUCGCCCCGACGGAGCAGCCACCAGCUGGGCCGGCCGCAUCCCCCAGCGCAGCCUCGCGCCGUCGCGACUUUCUCGUGAACAAGGUCGACCUGCAGAUCCCAGCGCUGACCCAGCGUCCGGUGUCGACCGAGUUCGCCCUUGUGGACAUGUACCGCGACCCGGGGUUCGACGAGAACCCGAACCACCUGGAAGAGAAGCUAUCGAGGCUCGAGGGUCGCGCGAGCGAGAUUAUCGCCAAAGCGGGUCGGACCUUCGCCGCCCGUGGCUCGAUCCUCACGCUGCAACGGAUCGAAGUCGACACGCUGCGCAAGUUUCUCUUCCUCAUGAAGUAUCGGAACACGGGGAUGUUCGACCGGUACAACCACGAUGAUGCUCGCAGCUACCAGGCCGACGACCGCGCGCGUAUGUUGCGGUACAUGCAGACCAAAGGAUUCGCGACGCCACGCGACGUGUGGUUCGACAACCUGCGGCAGAUCCUGGACCUGGAGCUGGAUGAUGCGGGGAGAAGCUGGCGCGAGACGCUGCGCCGCCGGAUCUACCCGGACGACGCGGCCAUGUUCGAGCAUCACCUCCUGCACAGCUUCAUGGCGUUCGGGGAGCCGGACGACCCUCAGGAGGAGUUUCUGCUGACCGAGAACGCGUUUGGCAUCUUCGAGGGGCCGUGCUCGACGACCGUGGACCCGCAGAGCGGGCACAGGGAGAUCAGUGUGUAUACCGAGUUCCACAAUUUCGCACCGCUCGCGCCUCGACUCGCGAUCAUCCUGCGGAGCAACCUGCUGCCGUUCCCGGGCGAUCGGGGGCUCGCGCAAUCCCUACGCGCCAGCCUGGUAGAAGCACAGCGCGCGGCCCACCACCACCCGGACGAGGCGGGAUCAAUGCUGCUCGAUUUACCCAUCCGUCCGUGCGAGACCAGCUACCACAACCCGGUCGUCGUCGUCGUCGACUCGCCCGCCGCGUUUCACCGCAACGACCAGUUCCGGUUCCAGUGCUUUCGGCUGUCCUCCGCCCACGUGGCCACCAUCAACAGCCUCUUCCUAGAGGAAGCGUACCCUACCGCCUCGAUCGUCUACCACUCCCCGGUAUCCCUUCGGGCGAGCAUCGAGAGAUAUUUGGCAGAUGAGGACCCCCGCUUGAAACAAGUGCUGGACGUGCCGGGCGACCGACGGCGCGCAUACCUCGGCGCACUGCAGAAAGUCCUCGCCGAUCUGGGCGGCUCGGCCCAGUGCCGCAUCCACCCGUUCGACCUCGCGGUGGCGCGAGUCCGAGUCCAUAUGGCCAUGAAUGUGGGGUUGCUGGUUGGGAUUCAACUGCUGGGGAGCCUGCCGCGGCGAAGCCUGCCGCCCGUGUAUCGUCGGCUCAGACCAGACGCCACCCUGGAGACAUUCUGGUACGACCUAGAUCAGGCCAGACGGCUCAUGGUGCUGAGAACAAAGAUUGAUCGGGCGAUUUCGACCUCCAAGCUCACAGAGGGGGCUAAAACCCUGGUCCGGGGCCGGAGAGAUGUGUUCUUCGGGAGCUUCCCCCCAGGUAGACAGUGGCUGCUGUGGAAGAUCGCGCGGAAUAUGAGCCGGUGUGACGUGGGCGAUACUCUGGAUCCUAUACCAAUCUUGGACCUGAAUGGCCCUGAAGAUGCGUUUUGGACCUUGCCGUUCUGA